UUUGGUCCAAUCAUUUAUCUCUUUUUAUCUGGGUUUACUACAUUGGGAGCCAAAAUUCAGGCCCAAUGUGGGACACAACGGGAGAAAAAGUUGUGCUAAAUUCACGACCAAAAAAACAGAAAAGAAAGUGGUGCUAAAUUCAGUCGUUCUCCCGCAAAGAAACGAAGGAAGCGAGAAAAUUGGAAAAACAAUUCCCGCCAAAAACUGUGGAAGAAACCACCGCAUCGGAAAGAAGAUGCACAUAAUAGGGGAAGAGUCGCAGCCGCAGCAGAGGUGUGGAUAUGGAAACUCCUCCACCGAUCCAUUUGGUUUACUUUAUAUACUCGAUGUUUAUUUCCCUCAGCAACUGUUCACUGUCCAAGAUUCGUGGCUCAACCUCACUUCUGCUCUUCUCUCCUACUUCUCUUCUUCCUCCGGCCAAAGCCUGGCUUCUCAGGUGAAAAAUGAUUAUGGAAACUUUGUCCUGUCAGUAGACUUUCAGCAACUCAAACAAAUAUGCCAUGUUGAGGAAUUUUAUGCAAUGUUGGGGGAGAAACCUAAAAUUGCUCUCUUAUGCAUGAGUGCCGCACUUCACAAGGUUUUGCUUUCCAACUUGGAGAAUGACAAGCCGGAGCUUGAUGCAAAAGUAGAUAUCCGUCUUCAUAACUGCCCUGAAACUAUGAUUGCUCUAAAGAACUUAAAAGCAGCUUUCAUUGACAAGCUUGUCUCAGUUCGUGGUACUGCUGUGAAAGUCAGCACUGUCAGGCCUCUUGUAGUAGAGCUGACUUUCAAAUGUAGUAAAUGUAAACAAAGUAUUACGCGUAUAUUUCCAGACGGCAAAUUUUCACCUCCAUCAACUUGUAAUUUGCAUGGUUGUAAGAGCAAAAUCUUUAUUCCAUUUCGAUCUACUGCUCAAACUAUUGAUUUUCAAAAAAUAAGAGUUCAAGAGAUAUUAAAACCUGAAGAUCAUGAAGAAGGGCGAGUGCCUCGAACAGUGGAAUGUGAGCUUACUCAAGAUCUUGUAGAUGCAUGCAUACCUGGUGAUGUGGUGACUGUUACCGGAAUUAUAAGAGGAAUUAACACUUAUAUGGAUAUUGGAGGAGGGAAGUCAAAGAACAGAAGCCAGGGGUUUUACUACUUAUAUCUGGAAGCUGUAUCUGUAAAAAAUUCGAAGUCACAGUCCACUCCUGGAGAUUCGCAAGAAGCUAAUCCCAAAGCUAGACCAUCCGAGCUGUUGGAUCUGUUUUCAUUUUCUUCAAGGGAUUUAGAAUUUGUAGUGAAGUUUGUGGAGGAACAUGGUUCAGAUUUGUUUCGUCAAAUCCUUCAAUCUAUAUGCCCAUCCAUCUAUGGCCAUGAGCUUGUUAAAGCCGGGAUAACUGUUGCAUUAUUUGGUGGUGUGCGAAAGCAUUCUAUGGAUCCAAAUAAGGUUCCUGUGAGGGGGGACAUUCAUGUUAUAAUUGUUGGUGAUCCUGGUCUUGGUAAAAGCCAAUUGCUACAAGCAGCAGCAGCAGUUUCUCCACGUGGCAUUUAUGUAUGUGGGAAUGCCACAACCCCCCCCCCCUCUCUCUCUUCCCUCCCCCUUCUCUUAUCUUCUUUCUUCUCUCUUUUCAUUUUUAUGGAUUUUCUUGAUGAAACUGUGAUCUUAUGGGCUCCAUGUGCCAUGGUUCUGGCUGAUAGUGGAUUGUGCUGUAUUGAUGAAUUUGAUAAAAUGUCAUCAGAACAUCAGGCUUUACUAGAGGCAAUGGAGCAACAAUGUGUUUCCAUUGCAAAGGCUGGUCUAGUAGCAAGUUUAUCAUCCCGAACUUCUGUCCUGGCAGCUGCAAACCCCGUUGGUGGUCAUUAUAACCGGGCGAAAACUGUUAAUGAAAAUUUGAAAAUGAGUGCUGCUCUCCUGUCACGUUUUGAUUUGAUUUUCAUACUGUUAGACAAACCUGAUGAGCUUCUAGACAAGCGACUCUCCGAGCACAUUAUGUCCCUACAUGCUGGGACUGGACAACAUUCACUGGCAUUGAAAAAGCGACGUGGAGAUCCGCUCCCUGAGUCCAGAACUGUUGUAUCGCAGAAUGGUGAAAGUGGUGUAAAUUUGGGUGUUAGAUCUGGUUCUUUGGUUUCAAGGCUGAGACUUGAUCCACAAAGAGACAGAGAUUUUGUUCCAUUGCCCAGUCAACUUCUUCGUAAAUACAUUGCCUAUGCAAGGAGUUUUGUAUUUCCUAGGAUGUCCAAGCCAGCAGCAGAUAUCUUGCAAAAGUUUUACCUUAAACUUAGAGAUCAUAAUACUUCGGCUGAUGGCACUCCUAUAACAGCAAGGCAACUGGAAAGUCUGGUAAGGUUGGCUGAAGCUCGAGCUCGGGUGGAAUUGAGGGAAGAAAUAACAGCCCAAGAUGCACUGGAUGUUGUGGAAAUUAUGAAGGAAUCUCUGUAUGAUAAAUAUGUUGAUGAGCAUGGUAUUGUUGAUUUCGGUCGAAGUGGGGGAAUGAGUCAACAAAAGGAGGCAAAACGCUUUCUAAAUGCUCUCAAUAAGCAAUCUGAACUAGAACAAAAAGAUUGUUUUUCAAUAUCAGAAAUAUAUAACCUUGCAGAUAGGAUUUCCUUGAAAGUUCCAGAUAUUGACACUUUCAUUGAUAAUUUAAACAGUGUUGGUUAUCUUCUCAAAAAAGGACCAAAAACAUACCAGGUGCUAUCCUCUUCGUAUAGUCGAAGCCAAUCAUUUAGGACUAGGGGCUAACCCGAAUUUGAGCAGUAAUUUUUGUGUUAUGCUGAAUUUUGGGCUGUGUGCUGCAUUAUCACAGUAUGGCAUGCCAUGAUGCCAUGCAUGAGAACAGGAUAGAUAAUUUUUGUAUGCAAAGUUUGUAUUUACAGCCUAAACUCUAGCAGUCUGGCCCAACAAAUGGAGGGAAAAAGAAAGGAAAAGAAGAGGGAAAAAGAGAAAGGGGGGAGGGAGCGUACUGCUGACCUCAAAUUUAACCCCUUAUAGUAAAAGAAAAAUGAGCAGAUCCAGCCAUGUUAAAUAAACAUGGCUUUUGGCA